AUGAGUUUCUUCAACCCGAACAGCCAGGACAUCGAGCAGGCCUCCAACAUCACCGCGGACUUUAUUUAUGGCCUCGAGAACCUCCCAAAAGAGGUCCGCCAUAUUCUCGCUGAGAUACAGCACAGAGAAACGCGCGCGGCUGACCUCCAGCGCGACAUAGAGAAAGAGUACGCAAAGUAUCUCAAGCUGACGCUGCGCCCCUCACAGGGCGACUCGUCCGCGAAGGCCGCCGCGCUGGUGCCCAAGAUCAUGGGCAACUACGCGGAGGUGCACCGGCUGUGCGACGAGAAGUGCGCGCUCAGCCAGCGGCUCGUCGACCUGCUCGACAGCAAGCGCCGCCACCUCGACGCGGACCUCGCGCUCGUGCGCAGGCUCGCGGGCGAGGAGCCCGAGCCGCUGCCCGCGGUCAAGCGCGAGCCGGACGUGGGGCUGAGUGGCGCGAACGCGGCGCAGCAGAUCAGCGACAGCAUUCGCAGCGCGAUGGCGGGCACGCCCGUCGCGGACGCGGGCCUGCCGCCUGUGGAGGCCGUCUCGACGAGCGGGAGUCACAAGCGGCGCAAGACGGCGACGAGGGCGGAGCAUAAGCGCUCUGCGUCGCCUGCCGCGAGUGCGACGCCGCCGCCACAGCGUUCGCGGGCACGGAGGUCGCAGCUUGCGCAGGAGAUCGAGGAGCCGCCGGUCGAGGAGCCCAUGGCAAUGGAGGUCGACGAGGCGGAGGCGGAGGACGACAAGCUGUACUGCUUCUGCCAUGAUUGGCUGCGACAACGAGGAGGACUGUCCCUUCGAAUGGUUCCACAUGACUUGCAUCGGGUUGAAGACCGCUCCGAAGACGUGGUAUUGCCCAGAUUGCGAGAAGAAGAGGAAGCACAGGAGGCGUUGAGCGCACAGGCUUACCUGACCUUUCUUGCUGCACGGCAUGGAUUCUGA